AUGUAAUUAUAAGAAGAUUACUAAUAAUAUUAAAAUAGACCGAAAACAAACUAUUCUUUGAAUAAAAUUCUCUCCUGCUUUAGUAAGUUAUUGAUAUUAUUUUGCUACGUUUUAAUUUCCCUUAUACUUUAUUCUUUUAUAUUCGACACAGCUAUGCAAUACCAUUUAGUUUAUUAAAAUUAUUUUCUAACAAUUAUAAUCCUCCUUAUAGGAUUAAUGCUAGGUAAAUAUAUUUUGAUUUUAGGUUUUCAUGUAAUCAUAAAUUACACUUUUGCAAUUUGUUUUUCGCCAGGUACAACUAAAGAAUUUUUUACAUCUAUCUAAAAUGAUACAGAAAAUAGUGAAAAUUAAUGGGAAAUAGGUGGGAAUGCAAAUCUCAGAUACUUAAAAUUUAAUUACAUUCCAAAGUAUGAUGCAAACACCUCAGAUAAUUAGGAAAACUUAGAUUAAUCAAGUUUAGGAUUUUGCGAUUAUUGUUAGUUACCGAAACCCAAAAGGACUCAUCAUUGUAGUAUUUGUAACAAAUGUAUAUUAAAAAUGGAUCAUCAUUGUCCAUGGAUUAAUAAUUGUGUUGGCCACUAAAAUCAUAGAUAUUUUAUCCUAUUUCUAACAUAUGUAUUUUUAGGUACAUCUUUCAUUACUUUAUUAAAUUUAAAUAUAAUUUUUUCCUCUAAUUUUUAAGAUUGUAAGAAUCAGCGAAGUUAGUUAUUUUCCACAUUAUGGAUUACAGAACUUGUAUUAUGUUGGAUGAUGGCCAGUUUUGGAGGGUGGAAUUGGUAUUUAAUUCUAAAAGGUUUAACUACUAUUGAAUUUAUGAACAGAGAUAGAAAAACUAUCGAUUAGUACGAAGAAAUAAUUGAAAAUUUAAAAUAAGUAUUUGGCAAUUUCAAAUAUUUAUGUUAAAUUUUACUGCCAAGCUUUAGAGCAUUGCCUUCAAAUGGAGUGAUUUGGAGUAUGGUGAAUAAAGAUUUAGAGAAAAUAAAUAUAGGUGUUGAUUGAUUAGCCUCAUA